AUGUCGACGCAAGCGGCACACGGCGCAGCUUUCCAGAAUAAGUUAGCCUCCAUCAUGGAGGCGCUCGCCCAGGCGGCCGUGUUGGAGAUCGCACAGCUGUGGGAGGAUGCUUUCGCCCUGGUCCACGCUGAACUCCGCCGCAGGGAGCGGGAAGUGGAAGCCCGGGAGAGGAAGCUGCUGGAGAACCAGCGGCGGGAUGCGUGUGUGUCGCCCGCGGCUCUUGGCUCCUCCGGCGUGGAGCAGCAGCACCAUCAGCCGCCGCCCACCACACCCACCAACGAUGGUCCAGCUACCGACAUCAUCGCGACAUGUGAGCAGAGCAGCACAGACAAGGGAGAGCCUUCAGCCAAUGACGUAGCAGCAGGAUUACUCCUUCAGGAGAACCCAAGUGAGCAGGCCUGCGACGACACAGCUGACGAGGACUUACCCGUCAAGCGAGAGGACGACGAGGAUGACGUCAUGAUUGUGGAGCAGGUGACAGACUCAGAGUGCCCCGCCGACGGAGCCUCGGGUCACGGUCCGGCCGUCAACAGCGAGGAUCAGGAGAGCCGCAUGUGGUCGUCUGUUUCUGUGGGCGACAGCGACACCGCAGAGGAGGCGGACUACUUCUUGGCUGCUCAUUCUCACCAUGUCGAUUCGGAUAUUUUCCUCAUCGAGAACGCCUUGGACAUACUGGAUAACUCCUCGAACAGGUUGGUGGCAGGCGCCAGACACGCCGCAGCGAGUCACUCGGCGGCCUUUCGGCAAAAUCAUCCUCUCGGCCAAUCCGACGAGUGGCGGGGCGCUUUCCUCCCAGGGGGGAAAUGUCAUCCCGACAACGGCAUCUUCAUCUUCGACGACCCCAGGCUAGGCAAAGAAGCGGCGGGACGGCGCGUCAAAGAGAAGUGGUUCAUCUGCCCGUUCUGCGGCAAGAGCUUUGACCGAGCCAGCCACUUGGAGAUCCACCAGCGCAUUCAUACGGGCGAGAAGCCUUACAUGUGCAACAUGUGCGGCAAGUCCUUCUCCCAAAGGAGUAACCUGCGCACGCACCAACGCAUACACAAGGAAGCCUUAGCCCCACAGUGAAGGAAUGGAGAAAGACAAAAAAAAAAUAAAAUAAACCUCAAGCUUCUUCCAUCCAAGCACACAAAAUGACAAAACGUCUCGAGCAUAACAAAUGGCCAACAUUUCUAGCACGAGUGCCCCAAUUGAAGUGUCUUUUCACAAAUAUUGUUUGCUUCCUGAGAUCCAAGCAAAACAGUGCGUAAACGUCAUCCGGGUCCGACCCGGUCUGGUCUACUCGUCACAUAUUACCCUUAUUUUGGCUGUAAAUUAGCCCUCACUUUGGCCGUUGGAACUCAACGAGACAUGCAUAUACUAAAGUGUGGGGGUGUUUUAAUUGUUUCAUAAAAGCAUUUUUUUAAUCAUGCAAUGCUGUUUUUUUUAUGUUUAUUGGGGUGGAACAGAUGAAUUGCAUUUCCAUUCAUUUCAAUGGGGAAAGCUCAUCUUAGAAGUAGAGUUUCUGACGGAGCCUGCAAAUAUGGCCCUAGAAUGUACACUUUGGGAGUGUCCUGAUGACAAGGUAGAAACAAUUUUCUGCACCCCGAUGCAAAGCUGAAAAUCCAAUUUAGUGCUAUUCAAAUUCAGUUGCAAUCAGUAAAGAGUUUGUCUGUGAAGGUCCCCUUGAAACAAAAGAGCCCUAAAAUGGAUCCUUCCAACCAAAAUAGUACACUUCUCUCUCUUUUUGGACAAAAGAAAAUUCAUUAGGAUUUAUAGUACAACAUGAUCUACUUACAGAAUUGAACACUACAAAAAUGAUUCUAAAUUGAUGCUGUGCUUCCAUGAAUAAACAUUUACAAGUAAACGCUUUAAGUUGUCAUUGACUGCACCAAUGAAUAAUGGCACCUAAUGCCAUCCUUUCACAAGUGACGCAAUGGGGUGUUGUCACUUUGCCCAACCGUGUUAAUUGUGCCCCUUUUGUUGACAGCAAUAGUCACUGUACCAGGUCCAUUUUAGACAUCACACACACAAGUUCUGGAAAGCCGGCAUCUUUUGGCCCCGAUGAAUGAUCCUAAAUGUAGGCACGAGCUUCUGCAAUGUAAACAAACACACAAAGGUCCUCCAGAAGUUGCACGUUCUCCCAUAGCCAAAGUCUUUUGCUGUGUCAAUCUUCCAAAAGUC